AUGGCCGAUAUAACACAAUUGGAUCUCUAUGAAUUAUUUGGUCUUAAUGAAACAUGUUCAACAAAAGAAUUAACAACAGCAUUUCGAAGAAAAGCUUUAAAAUGUCAUCCAGAUAAAUAUCCAAAUGAAAAUGAAAAAAAAGAACAUUUCUUACUUAUAAAACGAGCUUUAGAAUUAUUAACAGAUAAACAAGCUCGAGAAGCUUAUGAUGCAUGUCGAAAACAAAAAAAACAUCAACAAGAACGUUUAUCACAAAUGGAUGAUAAACGAAAAAAAUUUAAACAAGAUCUUGAACGUAAUGAACAAAAAGCAUCACAAACAACAACAACAAUAAUAAAUAAAUCUAAUACAAAUAAAUUACGUGCUGAAAUUGAACGUUUAAGACGUGAAGGAAAUCGUCUUGUUGAUGAAGAACUUGAAAAACUUCAUAAUAUGUUUGAAGAAGAUAAACAAAAAAUUUCAUCGAAUCAUGUAAAUAUUAUUGUUAAAUAUAAUUCAAAUACAAAACCAUAUACAGAUGAUGAACUUCGACAAAUAUUUAGUAAAUAUGGAAAUAUUUCAACAAUUGUUAAUCUUAAUGUUAAACGUGCAUUAAUUGAAUUUUAUGACGAUCAUAUAUCACAAUUUAUUGAAAAUGAAAAAGGUUUAGAUGAACGACCAUUUGCGUCAGUUAAAAUUCAAAAACAAAAAAAUACAACAACGACAUCAACGUCAUCAUCGUUAUCAACAAACAAGCAGCAUGAUAUCGUAGAUUUAACAAAGCCUGAUUUUGAAGAUUUUGAAGCUAUGAUUUUGAAAAAAAUGGCUCAACAAACAGCAACUUCAUAA